UGCCGUUCUGGGCAGGUCUCUGCCUCCCCAGGUGUUUCCCGAGGUUUGGGUCCCGUCUGCCACAUUAGUGACUCGCUUUCCCCAUCUACGAGAGGCGGUCCUGGGUGCCGUGUCCCUGAGCCCACGGGCGGCCCCCGUGUCCCCGAGCUUUAUUUUCCCCGUCUGGGCCUGACCACACGUCACGUGUCUGCGCUGCCUCUGUUUUUGCCCCUUCCCCAGUAGGUCCGGCGCACCAGGAUCACCCAGAAGGCGAGACCUGACAGCUGGGGAAGCUGAGGUCAGUGGUCACUGCCAUGGAAGACCGCGGAGCUGGCGACGCCUCGCUGCGGGGGUCCUUGCUGCGCCCCUCAGCCUCACCCCGGGCUUCAGCCUCUCUUAGUGACUCAUCGGACUCGGAGGAUGAAGCACUGUCCCCAGGAGCGCCCCUCACCCUGCAGGCGGAGGCCGUGGAGGAGGAGGAUGCGGUGGAUUCGGGCCCGGAUGAACCCCCCGAUGCCCCCCGAACCCCCGUCCGGCCUUUCCACCUGCGGGGCACCAGCCCCACCUUCUCCCUUCGCAGCCACAGCAUAUUCGGCGGCCUGGAAGGGGCGGCUGGACUGGCCGGGGUCCCCAUUGCGGAUUCCCAACAAGACGGCCACAGGGAUGACGGCCCCUUCAAGCGGCCCCUGCCGCCCCCUGGGCCCGCCCCCCCCAGACCAGCCAGCCGCCCCCAGCUCCCCGACUACGUGACCCACCCUGAGCGCUGGACCAAGUACAGCCUGGAAGACGUCCCAGAUGCCAGCGACUGCACCAACCGUGCUGUGGCCUUGGAGUUCCUCGGGGACCUGAAGAGGAGGGCCGGGGGUCAGAGCCCGGCGACCCCUGAGAGCUGCGCCCCCUCCUUCAACCAGGACCCCUCCAGUCGUGGGGCCGGCAGGAUUGUGUUCACCAAGCCUGCCAAGGCAGUGGAGGGUCGGGCUGAGAAGAAGCGGGCCCCGUGGAGGGCAGAGCAGCCCGGGGACCCCCGGGAGCAGGGGGACGAGUUGGUGGCAUUGGGCCACCUGGGCUCUGCCGGGAGUCCCGAGGGAGAGGGAGAGGAGCCCCCAACGAGGCAGGCUGAGCCCCAGGACUUGGACAUGCCGGAGGAGGAUGAGCCCGUGGCUGCCCACCCUAACCCCUCUGCGGCUGGACCCGUGGGCUUCCAUGGCAGCAGGAAGAGGUGCCGAGAGCACCUUCGGCCCAAGGGCGCAGCAGAGGAAGAGAGUGAGGAGGCCUGAGCCUGGUGUCUGGAGAGGACCGGUGUGAGCCCCAGGGCAGCAGCCAUCUCUUCCGGGACCUCUGGCACAAGGAAGGCCCUGGCAUCCCUGGACAGCUCUGAUUGCUGCCCCCCCCCCCCCCCCCUUCUAGUAGAGGGCGGAAAUGGCCUUGUUGAUGCUCUGAGCAACAAGGGAGCUCCCUCUGUUGGUGGGGAUGGGGCAGAGGCCAGGCUGGCAUUUUAUUGUCAAGUAUACCACGGGAAGCCUUCCUGGGGCUGGACAGGCUGUCAACCCCCCUCCCUCCCUCAUGUCCUCAGGAAGUGAGAAUGGGGCCUCCGCUUGUCGGUCAGGCCCCACCCCCUCCAGCUUGGAUUGUCCUUGUGGAGACAAUAAAAGGUUUCCCCCAAGGUGCAGUCUGGGUCUUUU